AUAAGCGUGAUUACGAGAAUGGAAUUCGAUAGCAAAUCUGGAAAAUCAACAUUCUUUCAUCGUUUGUCAAUAAAUUAAAGAGAAUGAUUGUUAAAGCUCGAUAUAUAUGUUUUUGAAUGUCUAUGCAGCCCGAUAGAAACCAUCCACAGGCCAUGUGGCCUAUGCCAACGAUGCAGCCUUGCGGUGCUUCGAAUCAUUUUCGGCCGCAACAUUAUAUAGAAAAUCUACUGCAUGAUCAUAGAUGGCCAAAGCAUUCCACAUCGCAAACUCAUUGGCCUCCACGAUUACAUCACGAAGGUCAGCACUACGGCCAAGAUAUGAUGCAGUCCCAAUCCCACUCAAUUGGCGGAUGUCCCCCGUCAUCUCAAUGUUUCGUACAGCAGGGACACACAAAAAAUACGAAAAGCCAUCAAAAUGCUGAUAAGUUUUUAUCCAUUGCGUCUUUGGCCCAACCAGCCGCUUCCUCUUAUGUUCCUCCUUUGUUGAAUCCUCAAAAUGCGGAUAGUAAUAAUCCUUUCAUGAAUAAUUGGAAUGUAACGACCAGCGUAACAAAUUCAGCUCCAUUGCCGAGUAUGUUUAAUUUUUUACCACUACAAAACGUACAAAAUGAUGACGUCAUACCACCUCCAUUUACCUUAUCUGCCGAUAAGAAUGAUCCAAAGUUUUGCAGUCCUACCAAAACAAGUGAAGCAAACUCACGCAUCAAUGAAAUAGCUAAUGAACUACGUAAUAUAACAUCAUUUCCGUGCAUCUCACCGCAGUCUCUAUCUGAUUGCGAGGUAACUAAAUCAGCUCAACCUCCAUCACAUAGCGUCUCUAAACUUAUUGAUGAAGCCGUUAAACAAAAGGAAACAAUAGUUAAAAGUUCAACGUUUCAAACUGUGCCAUAUCAAAAUAGGCCCCUCUCCCACGUCAGUUGCAGCAAGCCUAAUCAACAACGAAGGCAGGAAAAGAAUCAGCUGAUUCACGAAGCUGUGCCUGCUCCUCCUCCUCCUCCUCCUCCUCCUACUUCUGCUUCUGCACCUGCUCCUGCUCCCGCUCCUGCUCCUCCUCCUCCUCCUCAAUCUUAUACUGUUCCUCUAUCUCAUCGUUCUAUGCCAGUUUCAACGAGGACGUCAACCGAAGUUACCUCAUCAACUUCAACGACCAAAACACUUUUGCAAACAAUAGCCAGCUCCAAUUUGUCGCUAAACUUGUGUUCCAAACAGUCGCUGCCGCUCUCUCACGUACCAAAGACUUGCUCUCAGUCCGUUGUCACGACUUCUUCCGCCCAAGUUCCAACAACUAUAACACCAAAAACGCUAAUAACAACGACAACGGUACAGAUUCCUCAAGUACAAGUAACAUCGACGACAACCGCACAGCCAAAACCAGCCUCGGUUGUGAGUGUAACUCCGAGCCACAAUGUUCAAACAACGAAGAUCACAACUGAUAAGAAUGUUGAAGAGGCUUCCGUCCUUCCUGUUGAAUAUAUGUGCGACUUUUGCAACGCCACUUUUAAACGGGAAAGUGCGUUAGUAGCGCAUUUGAGAACUCACGAUUCUCCUCCGACACCCGCCACCUCUUCUGCCCAAAAAACGGGUCGCCACGUCUGCAAUGUUUGCCAGCAAACCUUUUCACGAAAAGAUGUUAUGACGAGGCACGCUCGUCGUCAUCGGGAGGAUUAUAAAAGAGAUGAAUGCGAGGAGUGCGGAGCAACUUUUACCGAACGACGUUCUUUGUUACGUCACCAAGCAAGGGCUCACUCUAUUGAUGCACAACAUAUUUGUAAGGACUGUAAUGCUCGUUUUAAAAUGCCUAAGCAAUUAGCUACCCACAUGGCUGCAAAGCACGGAGAUUCUAAUGCAAUUUGUAAAUCAGACGGCAAGCACGAGUGCAGCCAAUGCAAUAAAUUCUUUAAAUCUCCACAUCACCUGACGGCUCACCAAAGGGUUCACACUGGAGAAAGGCCAUUUAAGUGCGCAGAUAGCGACUGCAAUAAAACAUAUAAAUCUCAUUACGCACUUACUCAGCACAUUGCUGCAGUUCAUGCUCAUGAAAAACCAUUCAAGUGCCCCUAUUCUCAAUGCAAUGCAUCUUUUUCAGCAAAGAGUUCCCUAUCUUAUCACGUUAGUACUCACACCAACGAUAGAAAUCAUAUAUGUUUCGAAUGCGGUCAGGCAUUUAUUAUGGCCUCGGAUCUAAGGAAACACCAAAGAAUCCACAGCGGAGAUCGACCUCAUGCCUGUGACCAGUGUCCAGCAAAAUUUAAACUGACUUCUCAUUUAGCCGCCCAUAAACGACUGCACAAUGGAAAAUCUGUCGUUGUAAAAACAACAUCAAAGGGGGUAACGACGACAACGUCUAAUAAAUCUUCGGCAACUUCGCCUAAAUGCGAUAGAUGCGGUGAGAUUUGUGCUAAUCGAGGUCAUUUAGCCGUACAUAUGAGACGUGAGCAUAACUCAGCAAUUUGAAUCUGUCUGUUACUGUGAUAACUGUUGAAGUGAUCUUUUUGUUCUAUUCUUUUUCUUUUGUUUUGUUCAAAAAUUUCAUCCAUUUUUUUCUUUGUAUUAUGUAAUAUUUGUAGAGAAACUUAAAUAUUUUUCUGACUGCGUAGCUAAGUCAAAAGAAUGCAACAAUGCCAUCAAAUAAUUUAUCAAUAUUAUUAUAAAUACUGUUAUUAUCAUUGUUUCAUUUAAUGCACUCUUUAGAUUUAUUGUAUAUUCUUUUACAAUAAGUGCUUAUUAUUACAGAAAAUAAUUUAUUCAA